GUGUGUGAGGAAGAGUGUGUGACAGAGAGAGAGAACGUAAGAGGAUGAGCGUUGACAUUUAAAGAUUGCUGAUGGUGUCUAUUUGACUCAUGUGGCCACAUGGAUUUACACUGUGAGUGUUGUACAGCGGCAGAUACAAACAUAUCUACAUAAUUGAUCAAAGAAGAGUCUGGACCUGGACCAUUUCAGCUGAAGGGUUGGACUGGACCAUGUGGCAGGGCUCGACUGACAACUGCUGGAUGAACAACCUGGACUUAUAGGGUCUACAACUUCUCCUAAUAGACAGAAUAACGUCUAGAUAUUUGUGAUUGAUGAGUCAGUGUGAUCUUUCAGCAGAAAGGUGAGUGUGAGCUUGAGCGCUUACAGAAGUUCUCAAAGAGAGAUUUCCCCUGUGUCUGUCAUACUUUACGUCCGUGAAAUGCUCUGAUUCAUCAACACAGAAAUAGAGUAUCAGAAAGUCCCCACCGAGGGGAGUUAACAGGGAUGGCGACAGAAUGAAUGAUGAAUGAAUGGAAUUAAAACACCUGAGCAUCUGGAUAUCCUGCCACAUGUUUGCCAAGGACGCUGGAAGUUUCAAGACACUGGAAUGAGAAAGACUCCAGGCUGGAGUAAAUCUCUGGAUGUCAUAAUCACAUCUUUUGCACCAGGAUGCUCCGUCUUCUUUUUUUGUGGGAUUGGUUUGGACUUUGGACUUGAGCUAAAACUUUGAACUGUUUAGCACUUUAAACUCCACAUCAUCCUCUGUUGUGCUGCUCCUGGACAUCCAGAAUCUAUUUGAGGAACCUCCUUAAAGAACUCACUACAAUACUUACCAAGUUAUGGAUUCACAGGGUGGUCCAUACCUCAACAAGAGGGCCCUGUGCUCACCUCUGGGUGCUGCCCGUCUCUGUCAGCUAGCCAUGGGCUGUGCUGUGAUUGCCAUGGUUAUCCACAAUGCCGGCUACAGCGGUUCACAUGGCGUGUUCUGCAUGGCGGCGUGGUGCUUCUGCUUCGCCAUGACGGUUGUGGUGUUUUUCCUGGACGCCACUCGUCUCUACAGCUGCCUGCCCAUAUCCUGGGACAACCUCACCGUCACAUGUGCUGCCUUCGCGACGCUCAUGUAUGUGACAGCCUCUGUGGUUUACCCGCUCUUCUUUGUCCGAUCUGAGUGCCCUUACGCCGGCUGUGAUGUCCGAAAUUUCCGGAUUGCUGUGACCGUCUGCUCCAUCCUUGGUGCUGUGGCCUACGGGGCUGAAGUGGCCUUGUGCCGUGCCAGACCGGGCCAGGCUGUGGUGGGCUACAUGGCCACCGCCUCUGGCCUCCUCAAAGUCGUUCAGGGCUUUGUGGCCUGCAUCAUCUUUGGAGCUCUGGCCAAUGGGAGCGAGUAUUCCCUUUAUGCCGCCACAAUCUUCUGCGUUGUCGUCUACGCUUUCUGCUUUGCUCUGACUGCACUGGUGGUUGUCAUGACGGUGUGCGGGCGGACCAAAGCUGUGCGCUGCUUGUCCUUUGACCGCUUUGUGGUGGUGUGCACCCUCCUGGAAGUUCUGCUCUACCUGAGCGUGUCAGUGGUGUGGCCCGUGUUCUGCUUUGAUACGAAAUAUGGCUCUCCAUGGAGACCGUCGUCAUGCCCUCAGGGGAGGUGUCCAUGGGACAGCAAACUUGUGGUGGCGGUGUUCUCCUUCGUCAACUUUGGACUGUAUGUGGCGGACCUGAUCUACUCCCAGACGAUACGAUUUGUCUCCUCACGUGUGCGCACUAACUCACGAUUGUAGCACCAUAUGGAAGCAUAUUAUUAUUAUUAUUAUUAUUAUAUUGGCUUAACAGGUUUAAGUCAUUAAUGUGUUACACCAUUUAUGAUUUUCUUUGUCCAUUCAUUUGAUAUUUAAAGACACAGAAAGUAUUGAUGGGGAUAGUCAAAGAUCCCGGGACAUCACUGGUGCUGCACAUGGUCUAACACUGAAGCGCCCAGACAACCCAAAGUCAAUGUGAAAGCACUGUGGAAUGUGAACAAGGAAUUUAACCACUACGUCGCCUCUGCCACACCCCACUGAGGUGACACCCCAUCUCUUUACUUCACCCCUUCUGCCCUCUUGAGAGAUUUUGGGUGAACAGCCAGCCUCACCCAAGCAGCCAGGACCCACUGGUAUGUCCUGCCAAAUCCUCAUAAACCAAGACGCUCCCGCUAUUCUUGACCUGCGGCACACACACACACACACACACACACACACACACACACACACACACACACACACACACACACACACACACACACACACACACACUGCUUAUAUUACUGCUCAAAUAAUACCUUGAGUCUUGAAUAUAAAUAGUAAAUCUCCCACUGGCAUCUGUGGCAUGCCUGUCAUCUGCAAACCCCUCACCAGCGACCUACGGACAUUACCCAGGCUGCCAGAAAUAGACAUGAGCUGUCUGACUCUGCACUCAUGUUGAAGCAGUGAGACAGCAUUUGUAAGAUGCUGCUGUCUUUAAACCUCUCUAUGAGGCCUUCUUCAGUCUAAGAUGUUAAAGGAGAGCCCAUUUCUUCAAGCCUGCUGGUGAGAUGACCUGCAGUUUGACUGCCACGUUUGAAAUCGCACAAUAUUCACAAUUACACAAUCUGAACAUGGUCAGUGUGACUGAGGAAUGUUUGCAUAUUAUCAUGUGACCUAUAGAAAGACAAAUGUAAAACAAUGUUUCUAUUUCCAUUUACUACAUUAACACUGGCAGUUACAAAUGAUCUGUGUGGUUAGUUGGUUUACAGUGUAUUAAGAUAUAUUUAUAUAAACAUAAAUUGAUAUAGACUUAGAGAUAAUCAAUAUUUUUAUAUUCACGAUGGAUCAAAUGUCUGUGUGUAUAUGACAGGGUUCCGCUCAUCGUGAUAAAUACAUAGAUCGUUAUUACAAACUAUAUCAGCUCCUUGUUUUGGUCUCACCGCUCUCAUAGCGUCGCUUUGAGCCGCAACAUUGAAAAGCUGUUUCCAGUGAUAACGUCUACAUGUCACCAAACAGAAGACAGUCAGCGACUAGCUGCUGAACACAGUGGAGCAUUUAGCAGCUAAAGAGAGGCUUAUACCUGGCGGAGAUAUUGAGAGUGAAUGUUUUACUUAUAAUCCUCAGGUGACCAGAGACACGACUGCAAAUGAAAGUUAAUGUUGCUCCAAGUCUGCUGGACGUGUAAAUAGGAAACUGUUUGAUAGCAAGUUUGCCAUAUCAACUAUUUAAGGUGAUAAUAUGUCAUUGUUGUGUUUACUUCUCGUUCACAUGUACGAUACAGAUCUGUCUAUCUUUUGUUUUAGCCCUUUUUCUUUUUUUGUACCUCC